AUGACUGUGCCAAGCUUCAAGGUACUUGUCGUCGGGGCAGGACCGGCUGGUCUACUGCUCGCACUGAUGCUCUCACGUAAAGGCAUUCAAGUCACUGUGCUCGAAGCUGGCGACAAAUUGAAUGACCAGCCUCGUGCAACGCAUUACUCACCACCGGCCGUGUAUGAGCUUCGUCGAGCUGGAGUUCUUGAUGAUGUUCGCGCCGAAGGGUUUACGCCAAACAAAACAUGCUGGCGCAAGCUCGAUGGAACUGUCCUGGCUGAGCUACACAAUGACCCACUCGGAGACGACAUAGACCGAACAACCUGUCUGCCACUGAACGAGCUCGGCCAGGUGCUGGUUAGGCACUUAAGAUGUCAGUCUAGUGCGGAAAUCAGGUGGUCCCACACAGUUAGGGGCAUCGGACAGAAUGACCAUAAAGCCUGGGUGAGUGUGGAAACUUUAGACGGUGAGGUGACCUUGGAAGCGGAUUACAUUGUUGGCUGCGAUGGCGCCAACUCACGGAUUCGGAAGUCACUGCACGGAGAUUCGAAUUUCCCAGGAGAGACUUGGGAAGAGCAGGUUGUAGCGACCAAUGUCUACUACGAUUUUGACAAAUAUGGAUACGAGGAUGCGAACUAUAUCAUUGAUAAGGAGCACUGGCAUGUAGCUGCCCGAAUCACCAAGGACGGGUUGUGGCGUGUCUCCUAUGGUGAAGACCGGGGGCUUUCACAGGAGGAGCUGGUAUCUCGCCAGCCGAUGAAAUUUCUGAAAAUGCUACCUGGGAACCCAUCUCCAGAACAAUAUAAACUCGCCAACUUCAGCCCUUACCGAGUACACCAACGACUUGCUGUGAAAAUGAGAGAAGGCAGGUUUCUGCUAGCUGCUGAUGCUGCACAUCUGUGCAAUCCUUUGUAUGAAAUAUAUCUUGCUCGCGUUAACUUUAUCUGUCCUCUCAUAUCCUGA